AUGGAGAACGUACAUGUUGAUAAAGGGUCUUCUCUUCAAGAGGCCAAAGAUUUUGGUGUUCGAAAAAGUGUAAAAACUUAUAGCAUAAAUAAAGAAGUAACAAGACGAUUAUUUCUUUGUUCUUGUGAAGAAAAAUCUGAUAAGCUUUUCCUUUUUCAAGAAAGGAAGCGAGAAAGAUUAAAAUAUAGAUGUGGUUGUAUGGCUCGUAUAAAAUUCAAAAUUUCAAAUGGAAUAUGGGAAGUAUGUGAAUUUAAUGAUGUGAAUAGUCAUCCAAUGAUAGAAAAUAAUUUGAAACAUUUCAUACAAUCGGGCCGUAAGCUUACAAGUGCUACUAAAAGUAUUCUUGGUUCUAUGGUGGAUGUCGGUAUUUGUACAAAAAAAGUGGUUCGAUACCUUCAUAAUGAAGCAAGUGGAAUUGAAGAUGCCGGAUUUAUUGAACAAGAUGUUCAAUACUUUAUUCAAGCACAUAAGAGGAAUAUGAUUAGUAGUGGAGAUGCUCAAACCAUAAUAAAUCAUUUUAUGCAUUUACAAUCAGAGAAUUCAAACUUCUUUUGUUCUUUUCAAGUCGAUGAAGAUGGCAGAUUGUGUAAUUUCUUUUGGAGAGAUAGUUUAUUUAUAUUGCACUACGAGUAUUUUGGGGAUGUAAUGAUUUUAGACACUACUUAUCGUACAAAUAGAUAA